AUGAUGGGCCGUCCGACUGAAGAGAUCGUCUACGAUCAGCUCUUCCCCCGCCCCAAGAUGUCGGACCCCCAAAACUUCCAGUCCUUCCUCCAGCGCUCCCUCAUCCCCGAGGUCCGCCAGGAGACGCACGCCUUUUACGGACACAUCGAGACCCCCGAGGCCAAGUACCCGGGCCUCGACUACGCCCACCCGACGCAUCGCAUGCGUCUCAGUCGCUGGCCCUGGCACCGCCGCCUCUUUCGCGCCUUUGACGGCCUCGGCCUCACCCGCUUCGAGAUUGCCGGCCUCACCAAGUGGGAGGGCACCAAGUGGGCCAAGGAAAAGUACGAAAAAGAGCAGGGCGCCGUCAUCGCCGACACAACCGCCGAUGGCUUCCCGACCUGGCAGGCGUCGAACCGCUGGACCGCCGCCCGCAGCCCGGCCUAUGCCUCCGCCGCCGAGGAGGCGGAGGAGGCGCUGCCCAGCCCCAGCCCCAGCCUGCUCAGCGACAGCCCCCUCAGCAGCGGCAUGUCCACGCCGCCGUACCAGCCUGCCGACGAGGACGAUGAGGACGACGAGGAUGAGGACAGCGAGGACGAGCUCGAGAGCGUCGGCGUCGAGCUCAACGCCCGCCUGCGCACCCAGGCCGCUCGCCGCGACGCCGGUGACGCAAACGCCGUCCUCGACGAGGCCUGGGAGGAGUGGCUCAAGACGGCCCUCGAGUCGGGCGAGCUCGCCGUCGUCACGGAGCAAAUGACCGAGACGACGCCGCGCCGCAACCGCGCGUCCUCGCCGUCGGCCGUCCCUGCCGCCCUCGUCUCCACUGGCAUGCUAGACCUCGCCCGCGCCGGCCAGUGGUCCGACGUGCCCGAGUUCCUCCAGCCCAUGCUCCGCGAGGUUGUCCGCGGCGAGGAGGCCCCGGCCGGACCUUCUGCCAGCAACGAUCCCGCACACCCGGAGCUCGCUGCCACCCCCCGCGCGCUCCGCCGCCAGCUGACGGCCGCCACCCCGCGCUUCGCCGCCGGCUGGCUCUUUGGCGGCCGCCAGGUCGGCACCGCCACCACCGGCGCGGUGAACAACCCGAGUGCAUGA